UCAUGAGCUUACUCUCUCUAAAAUGAGUAAAUAAAUCUUUAAAAAACAAAGAUGCUUUUUCAGUUGUUUGUGCCUUGUGUUAACUCAGGCCAUAUAGUUUUGGGUUAUGUGGUUUUGUUUUGCUCCUCUGCCAGAAAGUAAAGUUUAUAAUGUUGAAAUGUGCUGUGUCAUAAAGUCGUGGUCUUUAAAAAGACUGUGUGUCAUUCAUCAGCUUCAGCAUGAGGACUUCAUUAAAAUCAGUUGAGCCAGUGACAUUUAUGUAAGACUUUAGCACUUCAUAAGCAUUUACAUACAUUGUUUUGUUUAUUCUCCUCAGCAGCCCUGAAAUGCAGAUAUUUUUAUCCCCACUUCAUAGACAAGGAGCUGAGGUUUUUUAAAAAAUACUUAUUUAUUUAUAUAUUUAGGGAGAGGUGGAGGAGAAAGAAUCCCAAGCAGACUCCUCAUUGAGCAUGAGCCCCAUGCAGGGCAUGAUCUUAUGAUCCAGAUAUGACCUGAGCUGAACACAAGAGCCAGAUGUUUAACUGCAUCAUCCAGGUGCCCCAAGGAGCUGAGAUUUUGAGAGGUUAAACCACUUGCCUGAGGCCCCUAGCGGGAAGCCACUCAUAUUUCAGGAUGAAAAUACUAGAGUUAGCAUAUAGGGACAGAGUGGCAAUAAUCCCUCCAUCCUUUUCAGCAUAUGCCAGGGCAUUUACUGUAAGGAGGCAGCUCUAGAAUGUAAUGUCCUUGAAGAAGCAGGUUGAGCCAUCUGGCUGACUUAGGGAAAGAUGAAACGUAGGAGCUGGGCAGCCAUUGCUCAGUCCAGACGUUGGUUAUGUGCCUGCUGGAGCCAUGCCUUUGUUCUGUCACAGGCAUGAGCCUUUCACUUUUCCAUACAGCCUCACUCAGGGGUUCUCUGUGGCCAUCAGGAUGUGGUCUGGCCUUGAAGCCUCUGAAUUCACCCCCCCACAGCCCAUCUUUCCAGGUUUAUCUCCAGUCAUUCCUGUGUUGUCCAAGCCAGCUUGUUCCGUGUCCUCAGCAUCAGUACCCUCCAGGGCACCUCCUUACUGGCUGAAUCAGAAGCAGCCUGUCUUCCCCUUAUGCCCCCCAUGGCAGCAUGAACAUUGUGUUGUCACUGUCCAUGUCCUUGUUCAGAGCCCACCCUGGACCCAGAGGCCCUUUAGCACACUCUGUAGACCCAUCUCCUGGCAUGUGGCAGGGCCAAAAUCGACAGGGAAUGAAUGAGUGAAUCAAUGAGACACCAAAUACAAAAUGACUGCAAGGAGGACGACUGGGUGGCUCAGUUGGUUACACAUCUGCCUUCGGCUCAGGUCAUGGUCCCCAGGGUUCUGAGAUCAAGUCCUACAUCGGACUCCCAACUCAGCAGGGAGCCUGCUUCUCCCUCUCCCCCCCUGCUUGUGCUCUCUCUCUCAAGUAAAUAAAAUCUUUUUUUUUUUUUUUGAAUUACUGCAAGGGAGUUCCCAAGACCACUUUCAGGUUCCAUGACUCACUAGGACUCCAGAACUCAAAAAAAGCUGAGAUACUGUUUAUUACAGUGAAAAGAAUACAAAUUAUAACCACAAAGUUAGAAGGUACAUAAACUGGAAUCCAGGUAAAAACUUCCAUUUGUCCUCUCCCAAUGUAGUCACAGACUCUGUAGUACUCCCCGCAAGGCGUGACAAUACACAUGAAGUAUUGGCAGCCAGGGAAGGUUACCCAAGCCUGGAGGCAUUUAUUGGGGGUUGGCCACAUAGAUGUGGAGUACCUGCAUGACUGGCCUUAGUUCCUGAGCCUCCAGCUGUCUCAGAGAUUAGCCUGAUCCGGUGUGACUCAAGGUCCCAUCAUAAAUCACACCUGGUGUAGCCUAAGGCUCCUGGUGAGGAAAGACACUUAUCAGGCAGGAUAUUCCAAGGGCUUGGAGGUUCUCUCAGGAGCCAAUCCCUAGGGCCUGUCAAUUCUUUGUAAUGUGCAGUUUGGACAUCCCAGGUCUACUGAGUUCUACUCUUUGCUGCACAAUGGCCCAGCGCAGCUGGUGACCAGUGAUGCCUCCUUACCUAGCCAAGUGCCACAGCUACUACUACAGCACACAAGAGAGAAGAGGCUUCAGCCAACUGGAGGCAGUGUUGUUUGGGAUGCUCCAGAUUCCCCUACAAGAGGGCAAGACCACCUCAGGGGCUACAUCUUCAGGAGAGCAUCCUGUGUGAGCCCCAGGGACCAGGCUGAGAAGUAGGAGAAACUGGGCAGCUGGUAAGCCUUUGGGGCAUCACAUGGCAUGGAUGGGGCAGGCUUGCCACCCUUUCUGUAGGGUGGUUGGGCCUCAGAACCAGCUAAAUCCAGCUCCAUGAGUUUAAGUCCACUACAACCCAAAUAAGCUCUGGGUCUCUACCCUCUGCCUCAUAUUCCUUAUCUGUAAAAUGGGAUAGUGAUCCCUUCCCUACAAGGAUUUAACAUGUUAACUUGUAGAGAAAGAGUAUGUCCAGUAUGAGUGCUGUUCUACCAGGAAACAGUCUCCAGUUGAGGCAGGUCAGUGAUGGUCAUAGAUUGGCUGUGGUUGGGCAAUGAGAAUGAUGUGCGGCCAACAGCUAGUGUGAAUGGCCCUAUGGGAACUUGGAUGGUCAUGUGGAGAGGACAGCAGUUGUAAAGCCAUGGGCUUUUGGACUGGGAAGACCUGAGCUUUUCUGGCAUCUGAUGGUCAGGGCAGAGGCUGGCACAGCACCACAUAGGAGCAGGGUCCUAGCCACAGAAUGUCCCUGGGGCCAUUCCUUCCCAUAAGGAUAGAUGGUCUUCAAGUUCUUUUUUAAUUUUUUAAAGAGAAUUUUUUUAAGCUUUUAUUUAUUUAUGAUAGUCACACAGGUAGAGAGAGAGAGACAGAGACAUAGGCAGAGGGAGAAGCAGGCUCCAUGCACCGGGAGCCCGACGUGGGAUUUGAUCCCGGGUCUCCAGGAUCGUGCCCUGGGCCAAAAGCAGGCGCUAAACCGCUGCACCACCCAGGGAUCCCGGUCUUCAAGUUCUUUGCCCAUUACCAUUGAUGGCUCACCUCUGUCUCAUAUCAAACAUCUGUCUGCAAAGAGCUGUCCAGACACCAUGCCAAGGGCAGGGGAGCCAUGGGCACUGACUGCAGGAGGCAGAGGCUGGGCAUCCAGGCCCAGCCAGACAAUCCUGCCAAGGGGCAAGGGGGAGUCCAUGGGGCCUCAAGGUUCUCACUUCUCUACUUGGGUGGCCCCUGGUAGGGUGUGUAUCUGCACUUGAACACACCCUCACACAUCGCACACUGACAAAAGAUUCUCUCCAUGACCAAGUUUCAGUCAGGUUGUUCUGAGCAGUUUUUGAUGAGGCCUCAAACCUGGAGCUUCUGUGUCCAUUAUAGAGUCUAGCUAAGUCACUUUAGCAAGAAUCUCCCACCUUCCAUAUGUGUUUACUCUGGUUCCUCCUCCUCCCCCUCUCCCCAGUGAUAUCUGCACACCCUGGCCUGCCUUCAGCAAGAAUCCUGUUCGACACCCCCUUUCCCCUGACAUUUCCUCUUAGUAACUGUUUUUCCACUGACCCCCAUGCUGCUCCCUGACUAUAAAUCUCCACUUGUCCCUAGUGGAAUCAGAGUUGAGCCCUAACCUAACCCCCAGUAUAUCCCAGAAUGUGACUGUCAUACACAGUCUGGGACCUUCAUGCUCUAUCAGGCCCUCCUGGGCACCACAUCUCUGUCUCACAGACACCAUUACACAAUGUGACAGCAUUACACAGAAUGCUGCAGGAUUAUCACAUAUGGUGACUAACACGGAGGUCUCUCUCACACACACACAGAACUACCCACACACGUGGUCAUAGGGAAUGACACAUGCAAUCUACCUCUAGGACACUUAUAGUCGCACAGGACAAACACAUGGAAUCACCUGUAUACGGUCACAGAAAGCAACACACACUAUAUAGGAUGCACACUCUUCACACCAACACCCGCACUCCUUACCUUCACGCACCAUGCACGGUGCUGCCUCCUGCACAGACCCCGGCCCAACUCUCCGCUCUCCGCCACCACAACCCCAUAAAGGCCCACCCUUCAGCCAGCUGUCCCGUUCAGACUACAACUCCAGGCGAGCCCCGGGACGCGCAGGGAGGACGCGAGGCCUUCUGGGGAUUGUGGUCCAGAAGAACGAGACGGCGGCGUGGGUGCUUUGGGGGCCGCGGAGCUCGAGACGCGAGACCUGAUGAAAACCGUAAUCCUGGCUAGCAGGCGCGGCUGCUGGACAGCGCAGCGCAUUCUGGGAGUCAUGGUCCCGGCGAGCGGGCGCGCAGGCGGCCUAAACUAGGAGGCGCCUCCGAGAGCACUCCCGGAAGUGGCCGCAGCUGCGCGGGUGAGGGGGUUGCUAGGGGUGCGGUCCGCUGGAGUCGCGGCGGGAAAGGAAAGCGCCAGGCCCCGAAGCUCGCGGCGGCCUGAGCCAGACGGGCGGGCCCUACCCGCCGACGGGGCUUGAAGCGCUAACCACCAGCGGCGCGGCUGGAGGACCGACUGACGGACGCACGGACCAAGUGUGGAACUCCCUGUCGGAUGUGGGAGCCGCUGACUGGGACGCAGCCUGCCUGUGGGCUCCGGCAGGGGCCACAUCGCGGGCGUGCGUUUCUGACUGGUAGCCUGGGAGUGGGGGCGGUCUUCGGAUGUCCUAUGCGGCUGACCAAGACGGUGGCCUGAGUUUCCAGGGGAUCCUGUGAUGUUAUGAGUGAGAGGGUGGGGGUGUGGCUGGCCGUGUGACCUCAGGUGUGACUGCGAGCAUCUAUCGUGUGACUGACGGGCCGAGAUUAUGAGUGGCUGUGCCGGAAUCCUCCGCUGUGACGGCGCUGCUGUGAGGGCCUGUGUUUACGGGACUAACUGCAUUUUGUGCGUCUGGGCAUAGUUUGGAGUAUGACUGACACCGUGCCUGAGAUAGGGUGUGUGUGUGACUGUGUGAUUGACUAAGAUUUUGUCAGGCCUACUGAAAUUUGGGUGAUUUGCAGAGAGUUCACCAAGUAGGUGACAGGGACUUUGUGCUUUGUGUGUCUGCAGUUGGAGUUAUUUGACAACCCGUAGCAGGGUUUAUGGAUAUGUCCCCCAGCACCUGUGGACUUAAGUCUGGCAGUCAACAGAUUGGUUGUUUACCACAUGUUUGCUGUGUGCCAGACCUGUACUGGACAUCUGUCAUGGAUCACCUUGGGUAACCUCACAGCAGCUCUCUGAGAUCCAGUUCCAACACUCCAGCCAACCUGUGCCUCACUUUUUUGCUGCUGCUUGAUGGCCAUGCCCAAGAGCCCUCUGAGCCCAGUGCUCUGGGAACAAGAUGGCUUUCUACAUGUGAAGGUGGAGGAUGAGGAGGCCAGCCUCUCUGAGAUCCAGGAAUCUAGCCUUGGCCACACUGCCCACCCUGAGACUGCACGUCUUCGCUUCCGGCACUUCUGCUAUGAAGAGGCAUCCAACCCACAUGAGGCCCUGGCCCAGCUCCGUGAACUCUGCCACCAGUGGCUGCAGCCUGAAGCACACUCCAAGGAGCAAAUGCUGGAGCUAUUGGUGUUGGAGCAGUUCCUGGGUGCACUGCCCCCCAAGAUCCAGUCCUGGGUGGGUGCCCAGCUCCCCAAGAGUGGUGAGGAGGCUGCCAUGCUGGUGGAAGGUCUGACUCAGGCAUUCGACAAGAGAGGAUGGGACCUAGGAGCCAAGCUCUCAGAGGCAAGCUGCAAGCAGAGUGAUUUGGAAGAGUCAGAGUCAUUAAACAGGGCCACUGAAACCCUCAUGAGAGGUGUUACCCUGGGACUCACCUGUGGUGAUGCUUGUGAACCUGAGGGCAGCUCAGAGAGGCAGGCAGGACUCUCAGGGGAAAUCUGGACAAAGUCUGUCCCCCAAGAGAUGGAUUUCAGGGAAACUUCAGAGCCUCACAAGGAUGUUCUCACAGACCAACCUAGCUGUGAAUCUGGUGCCUUGGGGAAUAGUCCCAAUGUGUGGCCAAAUUUCACCUCACAAGAUAAGACACCAGAAGAGAAAUUUGAUCCACUGGAUGGCGAUAGGACAGAGCCUCCAUACAUAUACUCAGGGAGGAAUUCUUCCAAGUGUGGUGAAUGUGGGAAAACAUUCCAGAACUCCUCAGCCCUUGAGACACACCAGAAGAGCCAUUCUCGGAAGACACCCUAUACUUGUAGUGAGUGUGGGAAAGCCUUUAGCCGGAGCACUCACUUGACCCAGCAUCAAGUCAUCCACACAGGGGCAAAGCCCCAUGAGUGUAAAGAGUGUGGGAAGGCCUUUAGCCGAGUCACCCACCUAACUCAGCACCAGAGGAUCCACACUGGAGAAAAACCCUACAAGUGUGAGGAAUGUGGCAAAACUUUCAGCCGCAGUACUCAUCUCACUCAGCACCAGCGAGUGCACACAGGGGAGAGGCCCUAUGAAUGUGAUGAGUGUGGGAAGGCCUUCAGUCAGAGCACCCAUCUGACUCAGCAUCAGCGCAUCCACACUGGGGAGAAGCCCUACAAGUGUGAUGCUUGUGGGAGAGCCUUCAGUGACUGCUCAGCUCUGAUCCGCCACCUGAGAAUCCAUUCUGGAGAGAAACCAUAUCAGUGUAAGAUUUGUCCGAAGGCUUUUGCACAGAGCUCCUCCCUCAUUGAGCACCAGAGGAUCCAUACAGGAGAGAAGCCGUACAAAUGCAGCGACUGUGGGAAGGCCUUUAGCCGCAGCUCGGCCCUCAUGGUUCACUUGAGGAUCCACAUCACAGUGCUGCAGUAACCAAAGAAAGCCCUUGGGACCCAGAAUAACAACUUCUCCUCAGAGGCUCAACAUUUAAGAGAAACCCUAAAUUCCAAAGAACAAAGAAUGGGAUGGGUGAUUGAUAGUACCCUAAAAUGAUAAGGUGCUUAAGGGCAGACUCUGGGGCUAUCUGGGAACAACUCUGCUUUUGGAGACCCAGAUGGAGGUGCCUGAUGAACACAAAGCUAUUCAGGUCAGCUGAAGAAGUAAGCUUCCAGAAGGAUCCUGCUUCUCUUCAUACCCCAUUCAGGUCCAUCAGAGAAGGGACAGCUGAGCUGAGAACUUGUAUUGGUCUUCAGAGCCAGGGCAAUUAGGAUGAAGUUUCUGUUGGGACUCAGUGGUCCCAAGAUGCUCUGAGCAGACAGGCUCCAGCUUCAUGUUCCCAUGUAGCUGCUCUUCCUGCCUUUUCCUCUUUUGUUUAACCCAGGAGGGAUGCUGGCCCAUGCCCACCUCUGUGCCUUCACACAUACUCUUUUACUCCACCUAUUCAUGUCUAACUCCAAGGCCAACCUGUGAGGCAGCCUGUUCUGUGAGGCUUUCUCCAGGCCCUCAGUCUCUCUCCCACUCUCCGUUAAUCGAGGGUACAGCAUGAUAUUUGCCCAGCAUCUGUUUCUCCUUGCCCUCUCCAAUAUCCCACCAGUCAUCAGCCCUGAUGGUUUUAUCAAAAAUUCACCUCUAAUCUGUCUUCUCUGCCAUUUUCACUUCUUUGAGCUCUCAUCUCCUCUCAUCUGGAUUACACCUGGAGUCUCCUACCUUCAUUCUCUCCCCUGACUUCCUUCACUGUUUCAUUCUCCACACCAGCCUCCAGGGGGUUCUUUCUGUAAUCCAAACCUGAUUGUGUCACUCCGUCAUGGAAAGCUCUCCAGUGCAUCACCUUCGGUGGCAAAGCUUCCUGAACGAUUACAAGUAUGCCGAGACAUAAGUCUUUCUGAGCCCCAAACAACCUCUCCAGCUAUAGGUGCAUGUGAAUAUUGUCAUUUUGCUGUGUGUGCAGUUAUGUGAAAGUAGUUUCAAAAUACUGUCCUUUAGGAUAUAUGUCAAACUCUUUCACCUGCCAUUCACGAUCAGCCUCAUCUACUGUAGUAGCCCCCACCUUCUACACACCAGCCAUGUGGAAUACUUGUGGUUCUUAAAGAAGCCAUAUUUUUCCUACCCAUGUGCCUCUGUACCUAUACCUGGAAACCUCCUCUCUCCCCCCACAACUCAGAUGUUUCACGUCUCUCUCUCUAACAAAGCCUUCUCUGCCUCCUUGAGCAGACAUCAACUUGCCUUCUCUGCUUUCAGAGCACCUCCUUAACUUCUCUUUAACUGCCUACCAUGUUGUAUUUACUCCUUGAAGAGCUUGAAGUCUGUGUCUCCCAAAGACACUGUGAGCUUCCAAGAGCAGGGGCCAUGUCUUACUCUCAGUAUCCAUAGCACAGGAUGCAAUAGGCUCUGACCAAUGUCUGUUGAAUGAAUAUACUGGGACUGGUGCCUUCCUGGAGGCAGUCACCAUGGUCCACUCUGGAACCUAAUAUAUGUCUUUGCUGUCUCCUCAGCACCCUGCAGGACAAGAACAAUCUGAUUUUCCCAGAGCCCCAGCACCCAGACAAGCCUGGCAUACCAUGGCCUCAAUAAAAUGUUACGGUAUUUUAAGUCUACCCUUUCUCUCGCCCCAGAAUCCCCCUGGACUCAGUGGUUGCCAACAUGCUGUUAGUGCUCUCUCUCUGCUCUCUCUGGCCUUUUCUCACAGUUCUAUAUCCUCUUUCAGGGUCCAUGUCUGUAACUAGAUGUCACAGCCUCUGUUCUUAACUGUCAGGGUGUUAGUCUUCAUCUCUUUCUCUGAUGAUCCCACCAUGUGUUAACCAUUUGAUCUGCCAUAUGGUUUUGUACUGUUCAUCGUCACCAUCUCUCCCUAUGUUUCACCGUGUAUCUUGGACUUGUUCCCUCCAUGUCACAAGUAAACAGUCACACAGACCAACCAAGGAGUGAGGUUCAGAACAGGAAGGCUGAGACCCAGGGAAACCGAAAUCUUGUGCCAGUAUCUGAGAGAGUCCCCGAUACACCUACACACAGGCAGACUGCCAGGUAUAAUGAGACCAAGGCUGAGAGACUCAGAGACGGUUGACAGAUGUAGGGAAAAGCUCAGAGAUGGUAGAUACACAUUCCUAGUGAAAUGAUCACACAGGCCUCCAACAAACCUGCAGGCAGUGGAAAAGAUGUGGGACUAAAGUUAGGCUACAGAGCCCCACUCCUCCCCAAGGCUGCUUUUGGGACUUGGAUAAGUGACUUCCUUGAACUUCAGUGACCUGCUCAUCUGUAAAGCAUGAAUAAGAUGACCUGACUUGUGCAGCAGCCAAACCAAGGCCUGGCCACCAGCUUGUAGCAUCAAUCUCCACCUCUUUCUGUCCCUAUCUUCCUGCUCUUUGGCACUGAAGAACUGACUCUCCACCCCCUGGCACUCUGAGCAUCUCCAGCACUCACUUUGUCACGAGAUGUGUCUUCCCAUGUUUAUCUAAAGAGGAAGUCAUGGGGGCAAAGAAUCUUUAUUAAGGAUCUACAUGCAUUGUCCAGUCUGCUAAAUAUUAUGUACAUCAUCUCACAACACUUAGGGUAGGAUGACCAUUCCCACUUUCUAGAGGAAGGGACUUGGGGUUGGAGAAUGUGAGUGGCCAAGUUUAUACUGCCAGAGACUGGAAGCAUUGAGAUUUGAAAACCUAUCCAAAUAUGUCAGCAAUUUCAAUAAGCAUCACUAUAUUCAACAAACCAAGGAAGACAAAUAUUAACAUUAGAUUUCAAAUCCGGAUAUAAUGUUCUUUAGAAUAAACACAUCUAAAGUGGAAAAGUUGAGGGUAAAGGAAUAGAAAAGGAUAUACAAGGCAGACAUGAAUCUGAAGAAAGACAACAGAGCCAUAUUAAUUUUGACAAAAUAGAUAUAGACACAGAAAAGCAUUAGUAGGGUCAUAGAUCACUAUGUUUUUUUAUAAAAAGAACAAUUCAUUAAAAGAUGUGAUAGUUUGAAACCAGACAGAAAUGGAUUGAAAUGUGUUGAAAUCAUAGAAAUGGAUAAGACCAUAUGUGUAGUUGGAAAUGCUACCACAUUCUUUGUGAUAACAGAAUAUUUGAAGAAAUAAUUACUAAAACUUUCCAAAUUUGGCAAAAGUUGUCAAUUUACAGGUUUAGAAAGCUCAGUGAACCCCAAACAGCAUAAUCUCAAAGAAACCCAUACCUGCACAUAUCAUAAUCGAACUGAUGAAAACAAAACAUUUAAAAAUUUUGAAAACAGUCUGUGGGGAUCCCUGGGUGGCGCAGCGGUUUGGCGCCUGCCUUUGGCCCAGGGCGCGAUCCUGGAGAACCGGGAUCAAGUCCCACGUCGGGCUCCCGGUGCAUGGAGCCUGCUUCUCCCUCUGCCUGUGUCUCUGCCUCUCUCUCUCUCUCUCUCUGUGUGACUAUCAUAAAUAAAUAAAAAUUAAAAAAAAAAAGAAAGAAAACAGUCUGUGAAAAACUAAGCAUUAUAUAAAGGUCAAUGCAAAAGAUUAUGGGUUUCUUGUCAGAAAUAUUGGAAGCCAGAAGGCAGAGAAACAACAUGUUUAAAGUGCUGGGGGGAAAAAACCCUGUGAAUCCAAAAUUGACAUCAGGAAGGAGAGUAAAAUACAGGAUUCCUGGGUGGCUCCACGGUUCACCACCUGUCGUCAGCCCAGGGCAUGAUCCUGGAGUCCUGGGAUCGAGUCCCACAUCAGGCUCCUUGCUUGGGGUCUGCUUCUCCCUUUGCCUGUGUCUCUGCCUCUCUCUCUCUCUCUCUCUCUCUCUCUC